CAGACUUAGCAUUUAGGAAAUUUGUUUCUUGCGUGUUUUUAUAAACGCAAUUUGUGUUAAUUUUAUUUGUUUGAUAGUCUCGUUUAACUAAUAUAAUGUUUGCAAAAAAUUAAAUAUAUUAGCGGUUUUAAAAUGAAUAAAUACUUAAGUUUUAUCUGCCUUGUAGGCCUAUCCAGCAUUGCCCAAGCACAAUACAAUGAACUAGAGCAGCGAAACUGUAUUAUACCGAAAAUACUCCAAGGUUCAUGGUUUUCAUGGGAAGUGGGGUUGCCCACUCAAACGAUCAUCGAUGCUACAUCAAUGUCGAGGCGUGGCUACUGCAUCAAUUACCAACGACAUCACGGUGAUGAAUACUCGUUUGUGUUUAAAGAACGGUCCGUAAAUUGUUAUCAUUGCGUGCGUACAAUAAUACGUACGUUGAACAUCUUUGAGAAGUUUGAGGGACCGUGUGUAGGCUUGCCAGCUGGACAGGAACCCACAGUCGAGAAUGUUUGCAAAGGCAUUAAGGAUGAUCAGCAGCUGAUAACAUUGUUCAAUGAAAACUUUGUGCCAAUUAACUGUCGUUCAUCACUGGAGGGCGUUUGGCAUUUUACUUAUCAGAAUCGAUUCCGCUUCACGGGCGUCUGUAACAAACCAGAUGCACGCAUCCAAUCAUGCCAAACUGCUGGCACACAGUUUCUUAUCCAGAAUCAAAAGUUUAAUAUUACUUAUCAGAAGUGUGAGGGAAUGGAAGGCACGUUUACCGGUACAGUGGAGUUUAGCUGUCUCGGUGAUUGGUUUGUGGGAAAAAAUCAUUAUUUUGCUGUUGCCAAUACAAAGGAAUCACGUAAGGAUGAAAAAUAUCGUUGCUUCCUCAAGAAUCGGGAUGAUGAUCUUUAUGUGGGUGUUUCCAUCACUGCUGAAUGCAAUACACUUAAGACACCAGAAAACUCGCCAGAGCGUCUUAAACUAACACCAGUUAAGGCCGAAUUCGUUGAGCCUGGCUGCACACUGCCCCAGAAUUUCUCUGGGGAAUGGGUGAACACGGCCAACAUUGAUGCCGAUGUGUCCAUUAGUGAGACACACAUCAAUGAGACAUAUUAUCCUGAUAGGGCUCGAUACCGAAAGACGAUUUACGUGUGCCGCGAGCGUCGUGGCAAUCGUGUUAUGAUGGCGCGUCUCACUGUCGACGGUUGCCAAAAGGAUUAUGUAUGCUUUGACUUUAUGCCCAGACACCACAAUAUCAUACGUUAUCGCAAGGGCUUAGCUGUUAUUAAAGAUGAUUUCAGUACAGUUUGCUCCUGGGUACAAUUCCCAAAUUCAGAGGCAUGGAAAUAUGAUUUGUUCUUAGCAAGAAACCCGGUUCCUGUCCGCUGUCCAGUUGCUGGAAAGUUUAAUUUCACACAAAGGGGCGAGCAUCCCUUUAAAACAAGAAUCCUUGGUGGUGUUACACUGAGUCCUCGUCCCGAUAUCCACUGCAAGCAGAACAUAUCCGAUUUAUCAGUCUGUGACACAGACCAAAAGGAGUUGGCUGUCGAUGAGAACUAUUGCUUGUCUGUGGAUCAUUUGGGACGACCUGUUGAUAUUUACAGUGAUCCCGAUUACCGUAUGAAAUGCAUUGGCUUCUGGAAAGAAAAUCUAAAAUCAUACCUAAUCACUUACGAUGACUUGGAUCCCUUAUCUAAAUAUCGCUGCUGGGUAUAUCAACGUGCAGACCUAAACCGCGUUCUCAUGUCCCAGGCAGUAGGGGCAUUUUGCAAACUGAACCAAGACGUGACCUCAUGGAAUCACUCCGAAGGCGCUGCAGUCGCCAUUGAUGCCGUUGAGUAUGAACGUGAACGCGACGACUGCCCUAUGUAUUUCGACGAUGGACUGAAUCCUUGGAAACCGUCGGAUGCUUCCAAUAUUGUCUUUGAAUGGGACUUUUACAAGGCUGGAGUAGAUCGUUUGGCUUUCCCAAGUGUUACCUUCGCCAUUGUCGGAAUUUAUAUGGUAUCUAAAUAUUUAGUCGCUUAAUGAGUGUAGUAUAAGUUUUACAGUACCGUCCAUAUUUGUCUAGAAAAACUUUUUAGUAAUAUGUAAUAAUGUGCCUUUGAUGUUCUGUAAAAUUAUCGACUUUCUUAAACAAAUUUACAACAUAUCGAUCUAGUUUAUAAGUACAAAAGUAAUAGAAUGACAAUGCAGCUCGAAAAUCUCGACAUCAUUUUAACAUUCCGUCCGCAAACGAAUCUCAAUGUUGUGUACAAACAAAUAAA